AUGGGAGUUAUGUGCAGGUUUUGCGUUCAUCUGACCGACGGACUUACAUUUCAGAGUGAUGGAGAGAACUCCAAACUGCUGCGCUAUUACUUCACUGAUCGCUUUGGCCAUCCUAGUCUUAUUUCCUGUGAGGUCUUGGUGUGAGGAAGACACCUACAAAUUGCCAGCACAGGCCAACAAGCCAGAGUGCUGUGUUAAUGGAGCUGCACAGCUGCACAAGAGAUUUGAUGACAUCGACUAUGACAGCUUUGUGAGUCUAAUGGGAAGGAGAAGUGCUGCUCAUGCUAAGAGAGACAUGGAUCACAUCUUCACUGCUCUGCUGGGACGGAGAACAAGAAUAGUGUGUCCAUGUGCCAAGGAGUAUUUCAACAGAGAAAAAGAGGCCAACUAAUCAAUCACGGGAGGCAGAGGUUUCAACGCUUUCCGUAGUGGAGCUGUCACACCUCCACAACCUCAACACGCCUUCUGUCUCUCCCACAGUGCUGAUAAAUCCUCACAGCUAUGGCAUCCACAGAGGAAAACAUAUUAAAGUUAUUUAACCCAGAAAAGUGAAAAGGCCAUAUUAACCACACAUGAAUGCUUUUCUACCGUCACUGGAAAAUGUUCAGACAUA